CUCUCUCUCUAAUAUAUUGACUUGCAAUUUAUAUCUGCUUCAAACUUACCCAACACCAAGGCAGUAAUGGCCAACACUAGACUUCUAAACAACUUACUCUUGCUGUUCUUCACCAUAAUUUGUGCUGCACAUGUUAUACAAGAAAUUACAGGUUCAUUUUCACUUGGUUCUUUGUUGCACCAACUAUGCUAGUCAUGGACCUAGUACUUCUCUUCGGCUGCUGAUAACCAAAAUGGAAAACAGCCCAAUUUGGACUUCAUACAGGUCUAAAUGGGAUAAGUUUGCAUAUAUGUUGGCCUCCCCAGGAUCUAGAACUCAAGUUUUAUUUUCCUAUAUUCGUAGGGCACAUCAAUCAUCUACCUCAGAAAGAGAAUUUCUCAUGCAGGAUAGCAUUAAACAAUGGAUGAACAGGAAUUCAAGAAGAGCGAUGAUUGGAUCGACUGCACCGACCUGCACUUAUAACGAAUGCAGAGGGUGUAAGUACAAGUGCAGUGCAGAGCAAGUUCCGGUGGAGGGAAACGAUCCGAUCAACAGCGCAUACCACUACAAAUGUGUUUGCCAUAGGUGAAUGAAUGUCCACAAUUUUUGGCAAAUAAAUGGAGUCUCGGUAACUUCUAUUUUACUACACCAUUUUGUUAGAGUACAACUAGUAGUUAAAAAUCAGUGACCAAUUAGCUGUUAUAGUGUCCUUACUGUUUCAGAAUGUUGGACUGUAUAAAUUUUUGUAUUACUCUCAUUUUUAACUUUUCCUUAGAAAAAUCCAUGUUUUUGUAGAUUUCCACCCACCU